CAGAUGAUCAGGGGUUAGGUUAAGUUGUGAAUGUCGUGCGUUGUUAUCUCGGCGAUUUUCGAGUUUCUCACCACGAGAGAUGCGAGCGAAAACGUGACUAAACGCACGUGUAGCGUUUCAACGAUUUAUCUGUUCACGGCCGGUUCGCACUACUCGAUCGUUCACACGGAUUAUGCGUGACGAAGGGGAGGACGGGAGAAAGAGGGACACUAGGUGUAUAUGAGCGAAAAAAGCAUGUCGAGCGUGCACGUCGUUCCUCGCACCUUGCACCACUGAUCCGACGCACCAGUGCAGCGGAGCGCGGCUCUGAUCGAUGAAGUUGGUGUCCCGUCGGGCGGAACCGAGAGCCGUGAGAAACCUGGCUCCGUCUCGCUUACCUUGUCGGAGUAAGAGCGAGUUCGCAUGCAUUGCGUUACUAUGGACAGCUAUCCGACGCCGAACUUCGACUCGUGUAUGAUAGCUGCGGCGAAUCAGCAACGCGACGUCUCCCAGCCUGCCAACAGCCAGCCACCGGCGGUGGAACAGGCGCAGACUCAGGAGGAAGAUCAGCAACAGCAGAUGGAGCAGACGCAGCAGAUAACGCAGCAAGUUCAACCGAACACUCAGCAAAGCCCUCAGGCUCUCACUCCUAUUAGAUUACCCGCUAUACUGGACGGAGAGUAUUUUACAGUGACCAAAGUGGAGGACAGUAACGUCACUGUCCGUUGCUCCCAGUGCCAGAGACACUUGAACGGGAACCUCAAGUCCACCGGGAACUUCCUCAGCCACAUAAAGCGUGUGCAUCCGUUACUAAUCGACAGAAUCAAGUGUAAGUCCAAUCAGAGGAAGCCCGCGAUGGUCUACGUCGACUCGUCGUCGUCCGACAAGUGUUCCGACACCACGCGGAUAAAACGCUACAAAUACCACAAGAAUGAGGAUUCCGUGACCAAGGAGGAGUCGUUCGAGCACGAGUGGAGCAACACGCCGUUCUCCAUUCGAUCUCGACGUCCCGUCGACGAGCCGGAAACCGACCAGUUGCGUGUCACCAGUCACAAUUCGUGCGCAGGGGAGGACGAGUACGACGCGAUCGGCCGGAACGUCGCCGCUAAGCUCAGGCACAUGCGGAUAGACCAGAGAAUAAUAGCCGAGAAGCUGGUGAAUGACAUUUUAUUCGAGGCUCAGCUCGGCAACCUUAGCAGAGAUUCGAAUCUUCACGUGUGAGAAAGGGGACCGUAAAGUGUCCCGUACAAAUAGCCGUACUGAAAUGCGCGAUUUUUUUAUAAAGAGCGCGAUGUAAUAUAUAUAUAUAUAUUUAAGUUUUAUAUAUAAAUAUAUAUAUAUACAAAAAUGUAUAUAUAUACGACAUAUAUCUGUAAUUUUUAUGUAAUAUAUUGCGACUCGUUUUCGUCGGGGGGAUUAGCGAGCGCACCGCAAGUCCGACCGGCUCGAAUUCUUCCGCACGCGGACCUAAAAUCGCGAGUGAUUUUGUGGAGCGGUUUCACAACUUCCGGUUAACUUGAUCGGCUGAUUAUUCCAGGGGAAUCGAUCAAUUAUAUUUGUCGUUAAGCGAGAUUGACUAGCGGAAAUAACCAAUCACGAUUGACGCUUAACUGGUCGGGCAAGUUAACCGAAGGUCGUGAAACGGACCCUAAGGGCGGUGACGUCGAAUAAUGCUCUAAGAAGGGCGCGCCAGGUGCAUGGAACACAGCACCUUAAGGAUUCUGACUACUCAGCCAAAAACUCCGCGUUGACAGUGGUGACACAGUUUAAAAUAACGAAAGGAUGAACUGACAGAGUACGUUCAGCAAGCGUUACAAAUGCUUCGGACUGUUUAUUCUCCUUCGUCUAUCUUUGGGAUCCGGAUGAAGAGAGAAAAAGAAGGAGAAACGCUCCGAAGCAUUUGUAGCGCUUGCUGGACCGUAUCCAUACGCGCGAAGAGCGGCGUGUUGAUAACGAAAUUUUUCUCGCCUGCCAUUUCGUUCUUAUGUGCUUCAUUGUGCAGCAGUGACUUGUGACAUAUUUACUAAACCCGCGAAAAUGUCCGAAAACUAUGGUUAGCUUAGAAUUUUAUACAUGAAAGCUUGUAUUUUCCAUUAAGAACGAGCGAUACAGUAAAAAAAAAUGCCGGUAUUUCGCACCGAUACGCAAAGUCGCAAAUAAAAUAUCGAUCGCCAAAAAUGUGAGAUAGCAUUAGCCUAAUGGUGUAUCGAUAAUUUUAUUUACGAUAUGAAACGUCGAUAUUUCUUUCUGCAUCGUCCAUCUCUAUUUUCCGCUCCUUCCGUAACAGCGGCAAAAACCGUGUAUUUUCCUGCAUGAACAGGCCUCGUUUCACAUGUUACUACGGUUGUUUGUUGACUGCCAGUAGGGGAAGGAUAGUUUUCGGACAUUUUCACAGUGUCUUCAAGCGAUCUCAAGUGUUGUUUUACCCAAAUAUCUAUUUGCAAAUAGCACGCAAGAAUUCUCAACGUGUCAUUUUUCGCAUAUAACGUCACGAGUACGAUAGGGUUGCGGCGAGUGAGACAGGAGCCUUAAGCCGGCCGGUCCGAUGCUUCCGGUAACACGCCGGGUAUGCGAAAGUCGAGCGGGGAGGAAGCUCGCGAAACUGACGACGAACACGAAAGAAAAAAAUAAUCUUUGAGUUGCCGAUCGACAAAGUUUCUUUGUAAUGUUCAUGCACGCAACUUGACCUACUCGCAGACGCGGUAAUUAACGCCGUUGGAUGCGACGGAAAUAUACUGUGAUGAUUUGUCGCCCCGAUAUCUCCUUCUUCUCGUACGAGCGAACAGUAGGAUCCCGUGAGCCCGAAUUUUCGCAACGCGACCACAAAAUUGCAAAUCCGAGUCUCUUGACGCGACAGGUCCGUAAAUUCGAUUCUUCCCGACUCGCUUUGAGCACCGAUAGAAGCGACCACGACGGUGACUAUUUUCGAAGAUAACCGACGCGAGCAGAAACGACGAUUACGCGCGACUGAUUGUACUGCUGCAGUUGCAGCAACCACAUGAUUAGUUGUUCCGUAUUUUACCGUUAAAUCUGGUUGAUACCACGCGAUUUCUCUGUAACCGUUAGUUCCAUAAAGGAAAUUGAUCGAUCACA